AUGGGUGAGUCAAACAUCAGCCUUAUGGUAGCAGCUUCUAGAGAGAUGCAGGACAAUGCCAGAGAAGGCAAGCUGGAUCAUUAUAUGGACAACUAUGAUAUGGACUAUGGUAUCCCUCCAGAUGAGAUCCCAGACACCACGCAGGGCCAGGCCUUCUUUGUGGCCACCAUUGUUAUUGGUGUAGUCCUUGUCUGCAUCAUGCUUGUUUGUGGGUUGGGAAACUUCAUAUUCAUUGCCACAUUGACACGUUACAAAAAACUCCGAAAUCUAACCAACCUGCUCAUUGCUAAUUUAGCCAUCUCAGACUUCAUUGUGGCAGUGGUGUGCUGCCCAUUCCUGGUGGACUACUAUGUGGUUAAACAGCUUUCCUGGGAUCACGGAUUGGUGCUGUGUGCCUCUGUGAACUAUCUCCGGACUGUGUCACUCUACGUGUCGACAAACGCACUGCUUGCCAUCGCAAUUGACAGGUACAUGGCUAUAGUCCAUCCUUUGAGGCCUCGUAUGAAGUACCAAACUGCCUACUGUCUGAUAACGGGAGUCUGGAUCGUUCCCAUUCUGAUAUCAAUUCCCUCUGCCUAUUUUGCUUCUGAGACCGUGUACCCUCAUGGGGGCACCACCUCAACCACUCACAAAGUCUUCUGUGCCCAGAUAUGGCCGGUGGACCAGCAAGCAUACUACCAGUCCUACUUUCUGUUUGUUUUUGCUGUGGAAUUUGUUAUGCCUGUCAUUGCCAUGGCAAUGUGUUAUGCUCGAAUUUCCCGAGAGCUCUGGUUUAAAAAUGUCCCAGGUUUUCAGACAGAGCAAAUACGGAAGAGGCUGCGUUGUCGCCGUAAAACAGUGAUGGUCCUGAUCGGAAUCUUGACUGCAUACAUCCUGUGCUGGGCACCGUACUACGGAUUCACCAUCCUGCGAGACUUCCAUCCAACACUUAUCUCCCGCCAGAAGAACUCACUGGUGGCUUUUUACAUCAUUGAGUGCAUCGCCAUGAGCAACAGCAUGAUAAAUACCUUCUGUUUCGUCAGUGUCAAGAACAACACAGUUAAGUACCUGAAGAAGAUCGUACUGCUGCGCUGGAAGUCAACUUAUACCCCGAGUAAGACUGUGGAGGAGAUGGAUGUCAGAACUUCCUCCAUGCCUGUAACAGAGGAGAUUGAAUGCAUUCACCUAAGGUAAACUGAAAAACUAAAUACUAAAUAU